AGUUCCCACAGGCACAGCAGACAGGGUUUUACUGAACACGCGGCGCAUGCACGAAUGAAAGGGGUAAACAACUUCAACAGAGACGUCUCCUUAUAAAGAGGACUAGCGUAGUUUAGGCAUGGCUUCCAAAAAAUUAGCCAGUUUUGGCCAUGCAGUUUGGCAAAGAAGCUCCAGGGUCGCGUUGUGUGCAGGGUUUAAUAUCCCCGCAGCUUCAUGUGGAAGCUUCGGCCCGGGUGCUUCAACAACGAACGGACAGAAAUGCUGCAAAGACGGACAAGGCUGUGGACCGACAAAAAAUGUCGCACCCGCGGUUACGUCGCACAGACACCAAAUCGUGGGGAAAACCAGGGGUGAAGACGCUCUGACCAAAUCUGGCAGGGCUUUCUCAUCCACGGCCCCGCAGAUCAACAACAAAACGUACUUGUGGGCGAGAUACAAUGAGAUGAAACGACUCGUCCACGAUUUGAUUCCUCCUGGGGUGUGCAAUCUGUUGAAUCCUUCCACCAUCUAUGCCAACAAUGAAGUGAAUCUAGAAGAGGUGGACAUCUAUGGCUUUGACUAUGAUUAUACCCUCGCACUUUAUUCCAGCGCCCUGGAUGAAAUGAUAUACAACAAAGCAAGAGAGUUUCUUGUGCAGCACUACAAGUAUCCUGAGGGAAUCGGCAAGUACGACUACAUUCCAAACUUUGCAACCCGUGGUCUUCAUUACGACAUCCAAAAGGGUCUUCUGAUGAAAAUCGACGCCUUCCAUUAUAUCCAACUGGGCACCGUUUACAGGGGUCUGAAACCCGUCCCUGAUGAAGAGGUGAUGCAGCUUUAUGGGGGCUCAAGUCACGUCCCCCUCCACCAAGUCAGUGGAUUCUAUGGCAAGGGUCCCAUGAUGAAGCAGUUCAUGGAUGUUUUCUCCAUUCCUGAGAUGACUCUCUUGGCAUGUGCAAACGAUUACUUCAUCUCAAAUGACAUAGAGUACGACCCUGUCCAUCUCUACAAAGAUGUCUCGGAUGCAAUAGGAAUGGUGCAUAUCAAGGGUUACAUGUACAAAUGGAUCAUGCAAGAUCUCGAGAAAUACAUUCUCAGAGGAGAUGAGACGUACGCUGUAUUACACCGACUGGCCAGCCAAGGAAAGAAACUUUUCCUCAUUACCAACAGCCCCUUCAGCUUUGUUGACAAAGGCAUGAAGUAUAUGGUUGGAAAGGACUGGAGGGAAUUCUUUGACGUUGUCAUUGUUCAAGCUGAUAAGCCACAUUUUUUUAAUGACUGUGUAAAGCCAUUUAGACGUUUGGACAGCAAUGGAGACUUGCAGUGGGAUAGGAUCAAGAGUUUGGAAAAGGGACAGAUCUAUAAACAGGGAAACCUUGUAGACUUUCUGAAGCUUACAGGAUGGCGAGGAUCCAAGGUUUUCUAUUUUGGAGAUCAUCUCUACAGCGAUCUGGCAGACCUGAUGCUACGACAUGGGUGGAGAACUGGAGCCAUUGUGCCUGAACUUGAGGUGGAGACCAAGGUGGUGAACACAGAGCAGUAUGCUCAAAGUCUCACGUGGUUGCAGGCCCUCACUGGCCUGUUGGAGCGCAUGCAGAUGUAUCGAGAUCCUGAGUCCAAGAAGAUUCUGCAGGAAUGGCUGAAAGAGAGAGAAGAACUAAGGGCUGUCACCAAGAAUCUCUUCAACCCUCACUUCGGCAGUAUUUUCCGGACCUGCCACAACCCCACCUACUUUUCUCGCCGCCUGUGCCGUUUCUCUGACCUGUACAUGGCCUCCAUCAGCUGCCUGCUGAAUUAUGAUCUUUCAUACACGUUUUACCCUCGCCGUACGCCUUUGCAGCACGAAGCCCCUCUCUGGAUGGACCAACUCUGCACCGGCUGCAUGAAGACACCCUUCCUGGAGGAGAUGGCCCAUAUUCGCUAAAAACUGUCAAGGGUGUUGGUGUGCAAAUAUAUAAACUGAUUUUCUUAAGUGGGGGGAUGGAUUCGAGUCUCAGUGGUAUUUGAGACGUGGCAGUUUGUGCUGGUGCUCAACAUGGAUUGAAGCCACCUGCUGGAAGUUAUGUUACGAUGCAUCUCAAUCUUCUUAAGCUUUGCACAAAGACUGAAGAACUUGCUGAUGAUGACUCUCUCAAUAUGCUCUGACCUCUAACAGUUUUACAAUUAAUGCUAUUGAAAGUUGUCUUGCAAAAUAGUUCAAUGUUAAGUGGUUUACUUUUUUAUAUAGAUUCAACCUGUAUUUCAUCAGAUUUGUUGUUACGGCAGAAUAAUGUUUGAAUUCUGAUGGAUCACACGGAUGGAUGUAUGAGACUACAUAUACUUGUGGUACCCAGACUUUUAUUCUGGUGGGCCAAAGUAUUGAGCCGCUGUCCAAAAAUGCACAAUAUGAGUUACAAGUAGGUCUCGAUUAGAUGAAUAGGUCUAAUAGCUUCGGUGUUGUAAUAUGUUACUAACUUUUGUGAACACUACAGUGAUCAUGUAACCUACAUUCGGAACUAAAACAUGCACAGGUAAUACAGCAUUAACCACUGCAGCAUUUUUAUGACUAAAAUGUUUUUUUAAUGACAACUGUAUUAAAUAAAUGGAAGCUCCUGGAGGGCCAAACCAAAUGCUUUUGUUUAUGAUUUGCAGAUCUUACUGUUCCUUGACUAAGCUUCUGUAAAAUCAGAGCAUUGUUUAAUUACAUUUGUCUGUGAAUGGCUGUGCUGCUAAAUUAAUUUUUCCAGCAACAAGAACUGUGUUGUCAUCUUUUUUUACCUACUUGUAGAAUUUAUAAAAUCAAAUAAAAAGGUUUUGUAAAACAAAA